AUGCUUCCACGAUUGCUGCGGUCGAGAGCUCUGCCUAGGAUAGGCAAUGUUAAUGGGCGGAGCCUGGUAUCCAGGCGGACUCUGAUCGCCGCUCCAAAGCCGGGACAGGGUCCGUUGAUGGAGAGAAGAGCUGAUCGAGAGCUGCCCGAUGUCUCGCAGGGUGGCAUGCGAUGGGUGCGCACCGUCCCCAUCUUCCUCGCGGUCCUCAUCUCUUCCACUCUCGCCAUCUUCAACUAUCAGAAGUCCUCCAGCUCCGUCGUCUCGUCCACCAUGUACGCCCUGCGCACAUCCCCCAAAGCGCGGGAGUACCUGGGCGACGAGAUCUACUUCGCUCAUAAGAUGCCGUGGAUCUGGGGAGAGAUGAACCAACUUCAAGGCAGGAUUGACAUCCAGUUCAAGGUCAAGGGCACCAAGAGAUCUGCUUGGAUGCGGUUCAAGAGUCACAGACCUACCAGGAUGGGAAUGUUUGAGACGAGCGAGUGGAGUUUGGAGAUGGAGAAUGGGGAGAAGCUUGAUUUGUUGGAUGGGGAGGAUCCGUUCCAUGGCAUUGAGGCGGAUGAUGAUGAGCCCAAGGUUGUCGGACGAGGAUCGUAUGCUCCUAACCUUGCUCGCUGA